ACUUCAAAAGCCGGCUUUUCCCGUAUUCCCUCCUGCUUCUAAUUCCAUUCCUCCUCCACUAUUUGAGCAUCCAUUUUUCUUGCUUUCUCAUCUCACAAACUUCUCACUUUCUACUGCAGCUCAUUCCCUUUAACAUUUCUCCUCUUUCUCACGCACAAAAGCCCUUUCAAAUCACGCACGCUACACGCAUUCGAGAAACAGGCUCCUAUUGGGGGGGAGAGAUAUAAAAUUUUUUCUGUUCUUUCAAUUUCUUCAUCAAAACAAAAGUGGCCCUCUUCCUCUGUCUCUAUCUAGAGAUCAUUUCAAACUGGUGUGCUGUCUAUCCUUUUCUUCCUCCCUACACAGCCAUGCCAAUGGUGAUACCAGAAAGUUCAGCAAUUGGCGAUACCGGUAGAUAUAGAAGAUCAAGAAACCUUAACUUCAGCCAAAAUCAACACCAACCCAUCUCAGAAACAGAUCCAAUCCCUUCACUUGUCGACUCAAAUCGCUCAAAAUCAACCAUUUCCUCUCUACUUUUCCCCACCAAUGACCAUCACACAUCAGCCUCUCAUAAAAAGAAGAACUUUUCAUCAGGAACUUUCAGGGGAUUGGGCUGUACUGCAUCAUCACAAGUCUCAGUUCCUGCUGUUAUCAGAACAUCAGCUGAUUGGGACCCCAAGAAAGUCAAGAAGAAAAAGCAGAAGAGCAAGAAAAACAAGGACCACAGUUCUUCAGCAGCUGCAGCUGCAGCUGUCGUUUUGGGCGGAACAAAUAUUAAUUCAACGGCAUCUUUGACUAAUACUAACACCAGCAAUAGUAAUCAUAAUAAUAAUAAUAAUAACAACAACAAUACCAAUCCUUUAUCAUUAUCAUUAUCUUCGAGUUGUGUGGCUGUACCUGAUGUUUGGUGUGGCCCUGGAAUGGGGUUAACCACUGAUGCUGCUUCUGUGGAUUGUGUUGUUUCAAGAAGGCCUGUCACUGGGAGAGGAAAAGUUGAUGUUGAAAAGACGAGCCAUAGGGAGCGUCCUUCAUAUUCUGUAAGGAGGAUGGUGACCCCUGAGGAGAUCCCUUUUCUUGAUUCUGAUGCUACAUUUUCCAUCCCACGCUCUCGGUUAGAUGCAUUUGGAUCGAGGCAUCAUCGCCAUGCUCGGCAUGGUUUCCCAGAAGGGCUUGCUGAGAUUGUGAUGCUACAAAGUAAUCUUCUGAUGGGAGGAAGAUCAGAAGGUGCAGAUCGAUUUAGGGAUUGGAGACUUGAUAUUGAUAGUAUGUCGUACGAGGAAUUGCUGGAACUUGGUGAUAGAAUUGGGUAUGUAAGCACAGGAUUGAGAGAAGAUGAUAUAACUCAUUGUCUGAGGAGAACGAGAAACCCUGUUACGGAUAAUUUGCGGUCCAGUUUGAUCAUAGAAGUGGAAAAGAAGUGCAGUGUCUGUCAGGAGGAAUAUGAUGCUGAUGAUGAGAUGGGCAAGCUGAACUGCGGACAUCAAUUUCACAUUCAAUGCAUAAAGAAGUGGCUUACCCAAAAAAAUGCCUGUCCUAUUUGUAAGACUGAGGCUGUUUCACGUGGUUAGAUUAGAUGAAGCUUGCAGACGGUUAAUGUUUUCAUUGUAUAGAAUUCAUUAUGUUGAAAAUCAAAGUUAUUCUUUGAGGUGGUAUCUCAAUUCUAUAUGCUCAGCGAAUUGAUGAGCUUUUUGUUUUCAGCAACCUCAUCAUCAUGUAAGAUUGUGGUUAUGAAAUUCAGAGAGCAUGACUUGAGCUUUCAAUAGUCUUGCAUUACAAAUGUUAUAAAUUUUCUUCCAUAUGCCUCCAAAA